GCAGCGGCGCGCGCCUGGCUGGGCCCAGCGGAGCUGAAGGGACAGAGCGAGGAGCGAGCCGAGCGGCCGUCGCCCGAGCUCAGCCGCGCCGCCCGCCAGCCCGCGCUCCAGUCCGCCGUGUCGGGCAGCGGGACCCAGCAUGGUCAUGGCGGAUGGCCCGAGGCACUUGCAGCGCGGGCCGGUCCGGGUGGGGUUCUACGACAUCGAGGGCACGCUGGGCAAGGGCAACUUCGCCGUGGUGAAGCUGGGGCGGCACCGGAUCACCAAGACGGAGGUGGCGAUAAAAAUUAUAGAUAAAUCUCAGCUGGAUGCAGUGAACCUUGAGAAAAUCUACCGAGAAGUACAAAUAAUGAAAAUGUUAGACCAUCCUCACAUAAUCAAACUUUAUCAGGUAAUGGAGACCAAAAACAUGUUGUACCUUGUGACAGAAUAUGCAAAAAAUGGAGAAAUUUUUGGAAAUACAGGAGCUAGAAGAAUAACUCAAAACAAAAUUAUGAGGAAGCCAAGGACAAAUCCAGAAUGUAGGACAUCCAGUCCAGUUUCUUUAAACUAUCUUGCUAAUCACGGCCGGUUAAAUGAGUCUGAGGCCAGGCGCAAAUUCUGGCAAAUCCUGUCUGCUGUUGAUUAUUGUCACGGUCGGAAGAUUGUGCACCGUGACCUCAAGGCUGAAAAUCUCCUGCUGGAUAACAACAUGAAUAUCAAAAUAGCAGAUUUCGGUUUUGGAAAUUUCUUUAAAAGUGGUGAACUGCUGGCAACUUGGUGUGGCAGCCCCCCUUAUGCAGCCCCAGAAGUCUUUGAAGGGCAGCAGUAUGAAGGACCACAGCUGGAUAUUUGGAGCAUGGGAGUUGUUCUUUAUGUCCUUGUCUGUGGAGCUCUGCCUUUUGAUGGACCCACUCUUCCUAUUUUGAGGCAAAGGGUUUUGGAAGGAAGAUUCCGGAUUCCGUAUUUCAUGUCAGAAGAUUGUGAGCACCUUAUUCGAAGGAUGUUGGUCCUAGACCCGUCCAAAAGGCUAACCAUAGCUCAAAUCAAGGAGCAUAAAUGGAUGCUCAUAGAAGUUCCUGUACAGAGACCUGUUCUCUAUCCACAAGGCCAAGAAAAUGAGCCAUCCAUUGGGGAGUUUAAUGAACAGGUUCUGCGACUGAUGCACAGCCUUGGAAUAGAUCAGCAGAAAACCAUUGAGUCUUUGCAGAACAAGAGCUACAAUCACUUCGCUGCCAUUUAUUACUUGUUGGUGGAGCGCCUGAAAUCACAUAGGAGCAGUUUUCCUGUGGAGCAGAGGCUCGAUGCCCGCCAGCGGCGGCCCAGCACCAUUGCUGAACAAACAGUUGCCAAGGCACAAACUGUGGGUUUCCCAGUGACCAUGCAUUCGCCGAACAUGCGACUGAUGCGAUCUACCCUCCUCCCUCAGGCAUCCAAUGUGGAGGCCUUUUCAUUUCCAGCGUCCAGCUGUCAGGCAGAAGCAGCGUUUAUGGAAGAAGAGUGUGUUGACACUCCAAAGGUCAAUGGCUGUCUGCUGGACCCUGUGCCGCCUGUCCUGGCAAGGAAGGGGUGCCAGUCCCUGCCCAGCAGCAUGAUGGAGACCUCCAUUGACGAAGGGCUGGAGACAGAGGGAGAGGCCGAGGAAGACCCCAGCCAGGCCUUUGACGCGUUCCAGUCCACGCGUGGUGGGCAGAGACGGCACACUCUGUCCGAAGUGACCAAUCAGCUGGUCGUGGUGCCGGGUUCAGGGAAAGUUUUCUCCAUGAGUGACAACCCUUCCCUGGACAGUGUGGACUCUGAGUAUGACAUGGGGUCUGUUCAGAGGGACCUGAACUUUCUGGAGGACAACCCUUCCCUUAAAGACAUCAUGUUAGCCAACCAGCCCUCACCUCGCAUGGCAUCUCCCUUCAUAAGCCUGAGACCUGCCAACCCAGCCAUGCAGGCCCUGACCUCCCAGAGAAGAGAGGCCCACAACAGGUCACCCGUGAGCUUCAGGGAGGGCCGCAGGGCCUCAGACACCUCCCUCACCCAAGGCAUUGUAGCAUUUAGACAACAUCUUCAGAAUCUGGCUAGAACCAAAGGAAUUCUAGAGCUGAACAAAGUGCAGCUGCUGUAUGAACAAUUGGGGCCAGAGGCUGACCCCAGCCUGGCGUCAGCUGCUCCUCAGCUCCAGGACCUGGCUGGCAGCCGCCCUCAGGAGGAAGCUGUUCAGCAGCCGGAAGGCGUUCCUGCGCUCGCCUCCAGCGUGCACCCACCGCUGUCCCCGCAGCAGAGCCUGGAGGCCCAGUACCUGCAGCACAGACUCCAGAAGCCCAGCCUUCUGCCAAAAGCCCAGAACACCUGUCAGCUGUAUUGUAAGGAGCCACCGCGGAGCCUUGAACAGCAGCUGCAGGAACACAGACUCCAGCAGAAGCGACUCUUCCUCCAGAAGCAGUCUCAGCUGCAGGCAUACUUUAACCAGAUGCAGAUAGCGGAGAGCUCAUACCCACAGCCCCACCAGGAGGCACCAUCGCCACCACAACAGCCUCCGCCCUUCAGCCUGACGCAGCCCCUGAGCCCGGUCCUGGCGGCCUCUGAGCAAAUGCAGUACAGCCCCUUCCUCGGCCAGUACCCCGAGAUGCCGCUGCGGCCCCUGCCCUCCUCGCCCGGCCCUCAGGCGCACCUGCAGCAGCCGCCACCGCCGCCCCCGCCCCCGCCGCCGCCACCACCACAACAGUCGGGAGCUGCCCCAGCGUCCUUACAGUUCUCCUAUCAGACUUGCGAGCUGCCAGGCACCGUCUCCCCUGAGCCAGAAUACCCCACUCCCCAUCAGUACCCCCUGGACGGAGCCCAGCAGGGCGGCGUGGCAGCGCCAGAUUGUCCCAGGAGCUCGGGGCUGCAGGAGGACCCCUCCAGCUAUGACCCGCUCGCCCUCCCCGAGUUCCCUGGGCUCUUGGAUUGUGAAAUGCUGGAGGCCGUGGACCCGCAGCACAGCGGCUACGUCCUGGUGAACUAGCCCCGGCCCGGAAGCGGGGCAGGUCCAGCGUAGGAAGCACGUGUGUUUUUACUUCUAUUUCAGCCUUUUACAUUUAAAGCUUGUUUUCUGUCCUCUCCCGAAAGGGGAGAACCAACUUGCCCAACUGGAAUUGGAGGCCUGGCCAGGUGGCUGUUGCUCCCUCCCGGCUCGGCCCUCCCGGCUCCCGGUGGCCCACGCUGGCACACAGCUGUGCCGGGUGGAGCAAGCUUUCACGGAGACGCCGACAAACGUUUUAUAAGACACCCAGACCUCGGUUUUAUACAGAACUACACCAUUACCAAGGGAGACUGGUGAACGCAGGGAGAUGUGGGGGGAAGAGGCAGUAUUUUUCACUGACGCCAGGAGCAACAUGCUUAAAGGCCCAGCAAGAUACAUAAUGAAUGUGAUGCACAGGUCAUAAGGGAAGGCUGUGCUUUGUCGCCGAAGCAAAGUUCUGAGCUGCUGAUGCACGUUGUCCCCAAGACCAUCGCCGAGCAUCGAGUGUGAGCUGUUUCAGGGGCCGCUACCCGCUGGUACUAAGCCCUACAGCAGCGUCUCCCGGAGCAGCACCCCUCCAGAAGGCACCGUGGGUCACAGACGCAGAGGGCUCGGGGCUCCGGAGAUGUCGCCUGGAGAACCCACAGGACCCACCACAGCGGGCUGGGCCAGGACCUCGAGGAGCCCUCGGCGCACAGAUCUGUGGGGGCUUCCGGUCGGACAGUCGGCCUUUAGGGGACGGGACGUGGUGUCUCUUCAAAUGUAGUAACUACUUUGACUUCACACUAUAUUAUUGUUGCUAGUAGUUUACUGAGCUUUGUAUAUCCGGACAGUUGCAUAGAGGACUUAGACAUUUUAAGAACCAGAAGAAUGAACUUCUCUCUCCCGUGUGACGUGGUAGUGCCGUGCCUUUUCCCGGAUCACGCUUUAAUUAUUUCUUUUCUGUAGAAACCAAGUUUCCAUUCAUGUCAAUGCUAAAUCCAAAGUCACUUCAGUUUGUUUCCCACUGUGUGGGAAUCGCAUUCUUCAUUUCCUUAAAGUUUGACUUGUAAUGAAAUGUUAGAGUAUCACAGCAAUAUUCCAAACCACAGACGUGCCAGCCACGGAAGCAAAUCAUCUGCCAAACUCACUGUAUUACUAACAAAACUUAACCCUUGCAGUCCAUUCAUCAAAAUAAGUAAGAAAUAGAUGCUACAGCCAGUUAACUGUGUGCCGAGUCACCUGUCAUUUGGACGGUCACAGCCACGCAUUACAAGCUCAGUGUUAGUGACAGAGGCUCCCUGCUCUCCUGUCAGCAGGUGAAUGCACUAGGCACGGCUUCUUCCUACAGCACGAGCGGAGCCACCUCAGCUGCGUCCAGGGCGCCUUCCCUCUUCGUAGUGUGUGUCCCGGGCGGGUGAGGAGGAGCCGGAGGGUCUGAGUCCUGUUCUGCCCCCACCUGCCCAGCCCCUCGCGGGCUGGUAACUUGAGCAGCCUUGUUCCCGGCUCCCCCUGGGGCCUGGACACUGCGUGGGGCCCUGGGCGAGGGCAGGACCUGGUCAGCAAGGGCGGCUGCGGGGAGGGCGGGCGGGCAUGUCUGUGAGGAGCACAUGUGAAAGCGGGAGGACUCAUUCUCUUCCUCGGGGAUGGUUUGCCCCUCGUGCUUAAGAUUGAUGAUUUCGUGAAAUAUUUCAUUUAAGAGAUCCUUCUGUUAAGGCCUCUAAUCUGUUUUAAGUCUUUGCAGAAUAUGCCAGUUGUAAACCAGGGCUGAAUUUGUUUAGACUGAAGGAUGUUUUCCCAAAAUUAUUAUCGAAGUGCUGUAAUAUUUAUGAAACUUAAAUCCUUCCAUAGUGAACUGGAACAAGCAGUGGGGGCUGCUCAUUUUGGUCACGGGAGGGGCGCGGUCACGGGAGAGGCGCGGUCACGGGAGAGGCGUGGUCACAGGCGGGCAGCAAGGCUAGGAGCCCGUUAGCCAGGACACCCCGGCUGUGCCAGGCAGUCAGGCCGACGGGGGCGGGGGGGCAGCAGAGAGGCUGUUGGAAGCCAAGGGACCCAGAGACAGACCUCGGCCAGCACCCAGCGGUGGUGGCCAGGCCGGUCGGGGACAGGCCCCCAUCUGGUGCAGGGGCCUGAGCUGGCCUGCUGGGCCAGGGGUGUGAGCUCCUGUUCGCUUUUCCUUUUCUUGUGUAUUUCAAGCAGAAAUCAGCAAGUCCCAUAACCCUCUGUCUUCACUGACACAGGCUGGUGGGGAGACGGUCUGCAGCAGCCGGCGUUUCCCAGCCCUGCCCCCUCAGGUACUCCCCGCACAGACACUACGUGGCACUGGGACGGCUCCUCGCUGCUGCCCGCUGACCGGGCUCCGCGCUCCACGUCGGCAGCGGGUGCACCCUUGUAUGGGCAUCGUUGGCUUUGUUAGCGUGUGAACCAGGCUCCUCUGAAGAGACCUGGGGGAGAUGAACAUGAGGUAAAAAUUUCAUUCAGCAAACAGUGCAAUAUGUGCGGUACUUUAUUUUUUGUUUUUGUCCUUUUUUUAAUCCAGGGUUAGUCUCUAUUUCGGGAAAAAUGCACUAAUUCCGCAAUUUCCAGUUGGCAAGAACGUCUCUAGUUUGUACAUGCCACUGACAUGCUGGGCUCAGCAAGGGCAUAGAGUGUGUCCCACGGGCGCCACCCCGGCCCUCCCAGGCCUGCUGUGCCCUCUUGCUGCCUGGGCACAGGCCCAGAGGGUCUCCUCACCAGCCGCCCUUAGUAUCUUCAUGGGAAGCCCCGGGGCCCAGGAGAGGAACUAGGAAAGGAGGACUGGAGGGUCUGUCAGCUCUUAUGUGAACAAAACCCCUUCUUUCUGAACCAGCCGCCUCCCAGGAAAGAGUGAGGCCCCGCCCGCCUCAGAAACGAAGAGCUGAGUGUGCAAGCCGGGUCCUGAGUUGGUCAGUGGGACUGGCAGGAGCCUGGGACUGGGAGCCCCUAACCUCAGAGGCCCCAGGGCAGGGAGGCCGGCGCCCCCCUGGGCAGGGAGGCCCAGCCUGAGGGAGUGCCCCUCCCACACUGGCCCCGGCCACACUGUGAUCAGUGCCUGAACUCGGGCUCCUGGAGAGAAGCCUGCCGUUGGGUGGGCAAGAGGGUGUGUGACUGGAGAGUGACUGGAUGGCCCGGAAGGUGGAGGCGAGCAGCGGCCGCCUCCCUGCUGGGUGGUCGGGUCCGGGUGUGCGGUGGCCAGAGCCGCCGCUGGUUAGGGCAGACCCUUCAGACACGCGGACAUGGUGAGGCGAGUGGGUCCUUUGGGGCCCUCCGACCCCUAGUCCCGCCCAGUCCUUACACAGGGGUCUGUGUGGGGUCAGGAUUCCCAGCUCCGGGUUACAUGUGCGCACCGGGCGCAGUCCUGCGUAAGUCCUGUCGGUGAGGAAACGCGUCCUCCAGGUGACCUCACAGUCCUCUGGCGACAGCACGCGGCGCCCUGGGCAGCGUUGGUCCCGGGACGGUUGGGUCAUCCCUGUGCAGGGCCGACCGUGGGGCCCUCACCUGGGCCGCCCCUCCUGCCUCCUGGGAAGCCCAGCUGCUCCGUCACUUUGCCUGGACAUCAGAGGUAGAAACGGGAGCAGCUCGUUGGCUGAAGUCACUGUAUCGGCAGGCCGCGUAUUGGGUCAUUUUGUUGCUUCUGGAAAUGUUUUCAGAGCUUAUCUCCAGAGUGACAUGUGGACAAGAGCAGUAUCCUCUGCCCUCCUGAACGUAUGCCUCCCUCUGGCGGGGCCAGCAGUGUGGGUCCCUGGCCUGAAUCCCAGGAAGCCACGCAUUUCCAGUUCUUUCUGUGUCAGCUGCGGCCCCGGGAGCAGCAAGGUGCACGAGGGCCGGCCCUCCACGGCGCCUUGGCCCGGAGCCCGGUCCCCAGGGCCCUUCACAGGCUUGUUCCCCACGAGGGUCGCCUUGCUGAUUCCAGAUUGACAGCCACCCUAGCUCAGUGGUUGGCAAACCACGGCUCGUGAGCCACAUGCGGCUCUUUGGCCCCGUGGCAUGGGCCACGAAGUUUCAAUCGCACUGUACGUGCGCGCCCACACGUGGUAUUUUGUGGAAGAGCCACACUCAAGGGGCCAGUUGGCCGACCACUGCCCUAGCUAGUUGCAUCACCACCUUGUGUCCACAUCCCACGUGGGCAGAACUGGGGCCUGUGAUCUCGGGGAUUGAGAAACUGGCGGCCGCGCUGCCCGUAGACCUCGCCACCCGCACACCUCGCCAUGGUGGGGCUGAGGCUCCUGCCCAGUCCGCAGCUUGCCUGUCCAGAGGAGCAUUGCUGAGGUUUGCACGUUAACCAAGCACUUCCACAGUGACCUCCUCUGUUCACAGUUCUCUGAAAUUAGCUGGACAGACAGUCCUCACUGUUACAGCCAGGAAACCAAAGCUGUCGGAAGUCUGGGUGGCUGUCAAGGGCGCGGAGCUCGCCAGUGGGGGAGCCAAGACAAGCUCUUGGGCUUUCUGGCUGCUCGUUCCAUGUCCUUUCCCAUCACCAGUAACAGCUGACGCUUCAUGAGCAAACAGCCCCACGUACCAAGCCCCCAAGUCGGUUAAGCGCUGGGUGAGUGACGUCGUCCCCUCGGCCUGGUUCUCCAUUCCACAGCGUCCUGGCUUGGAGGGAGAGGGCCCUCCGGUGCCGACUGCUCUUGUCCAGGUGGCCCUCUGAACAAGGCUAGGAGGUGCGGCCCCUCAGACCUCCCCCCAGCCCCGCCAACCAACUCCAGACGUGUAGGCUCACACUGAAGACGUCUAGUUUCUCCCAGCUACACCAUACGGUCAUUUCCCACAGAAGCAGGCGCUAGGACACCUCUUCCUCGGGUGCCAAGGGGCCAGAUGGCACAGCUGCAGCCUGCCCAGCCAGCAGACUCGCCCCAGGAACCUGACCUCACCUGGGCCCCAGGAGGGCUGUACUGCUUUCCACUUAAGGUACAUCAAGUAAAAGUGCUGCUUAGACACUUAUGAUUAAAGAAAAUAACAUACUUUGAUACUUUGUCUUUUCAGAAGCAAAAUGGGUAGGUAGAGAGGAGCUUUAAAAAUAAAAUAAAAAUAGCCUGGCCAGUGUGGCUCAGUGGUUGAGUGUAUACCAGGAGGUCAGGGUUCAAUUCCCGGUCAGAGCACAUGCCCGGGUUGCAGGCUCGAUCCCCAGUGUGGUGGGUGCAGGAGGCAGACAAUCAAUGGUUCUCUCUCAUCAUUGAUGUUUCUCUAGCUCUCCCUUCUUCUCUGAGAUCAAUUAAAAAAAAAUAAAAAUAGAAUAAUAGCAUCCCAGGAAAUAUGACCACAGAUUGGAAUGACGUUCACAUUUGCAAAUACAGAGAACUGGGACCUGCCGUGGGCUGUGAUGCCUGUCUGGCCAAACUCUCAUUCAAAGAAGUUCGUGUGGUGACACCUCCCCACACUGAUGUAAGAGAAAUCGCCUCCACCAACAUCUCUGAAGGGAAAUGAACAGACAGAAAAGGAGGCGGCUUCCUUUGGGGGCUGCAGUUUCAGAAAUAAAAGUCAUACAGAGAUAAUGGCACUUUGUAGGAAGGGCAGGACGAUUCACUUAUUUCUGAGGGAGGUUUGGUCUGUGACUUACUUUUGAUAAAGUUUAAUCUAAUUGUUAUUUUUAACGUGUGCUUUUUUUUAAUGACUAAGGAAUAAAUGGUGAGUUUAACAGCUUUGGUAUUUUGAGUGCAAAUCAUAAUAGCUUCAAUGUGAAAAAGUAAAAACAAACAAACAAUGUAACUGUCACUCAAUGUUAGAAAAUAGCCUAAAAUGCAGUUUAAUAAAUGAUCUUUGUAUCAAACAUUAAUUUAAAUGGGGUAGUUUUCUGCAAGGAAAAAAUACUGCUUUUACAUUUCCAACACUCUUGAAUUAAAAUAAAAACGUGUUUUCUAAGA